AUGGUGCUCAGCGUGCUCAAAUGUGCAGCGAGCACGAGGCUCGCAAGCGGAUGUCGUUGGCUGUCCAUGGCCAAGGCCGGCAUGCGGCGCUAUUCGUCACAGGAAGGUUCUGCGCAGACAUCUGCUGCGCUCGAUGACCGUCCAAUGCUAGCUGACAACUUGGACAUCCGGGACACCACGGAGGCAAAGAGGGUUCCGAGGCAGAAACAGGAGCCGAAACCAAUCCCCACACCUUCGUUGCCUGAGUUCGCGGGCCCCAGCCCCAGCCGCCGAGCUGCCUUAGCUUUGCAGGUCCCGGAGGCGAUCCCGACGAUGCACGCCGGGCAUCAAGCACGACUUCCUUUAGACCUCGAGCCUCGCCAGAGGCGCCGACUGGAAGAGUCCUGGGAACCGGAACUCCAGAAGGAGUUCCGCUUGGCCUUCCAGCAAGCAAGCCAGACGCUGCAAGAGCAGCAGGCAGAGGAGGGGCAACGGCAGUGGCUAAGUAUUGUUCGCAAAUUGCAAGGCCGCUGGGAGGCAGACAAUCCCGAAGGGACGACAGCGCCUCAAAAUCAUGUGAUCGAGGAAGUGGGCGGUGUCUUGAAGACGUGGCGCUCAGACCGCCCCAGCCAGCAGGCAGAACUGUGGUUGAGCAGAGAUGGCAUUGUCAUGCUGGGCAAGGGGAAUGUUCAGUUGGACAUGGCCACCGUGGGAUCCAGAAGUAUCCGAUGGAAGCGAAGGCACGGAGAUGUUUGGGAGUGGCGCUGGAUGGGUGACACGGAGCCAACCCCGUUCGGACAUCUCUGGUGCUCAUUGCCUUGGCAAAACAUCGCCAAACCUCGAGGUCCCGAAAAGAGGAAAGCCCUGGUUUACAAAAGGCUCGGCCACUUGAUACUAGCUGCUGCGCACCGUCACUACUUGGAGAAGCUUGUUCCACGCACCCCUCCGUCGGCAUUAGACUACUGGAAGGAGGUUUGCCGGACAGUGGAAAGGGAGAACAGGGCUGCCAACAUCGUGACUGUUGCUGCGGAGCUGGCAACCUUUGAAGAUCGUGUCCAUGACGGAAAUUCAUUUUUGGUCGGAUACGCUGAGCGUUUCUGGAGGCGGGCCGACUUCCAAGUCUCGGCAACGAACGGGAUUCUUCUGAGCCACCCAGCGCUGCAAGAGAAAGUGGCCAACGAGGGCUGGGGCUUCAACCACUGGAAGCAGGAGAAGUUAAGCCAGGAUGAGGUGGUUAAUUUCAUGCGCCACAUGAACGUGCAGGGCCUUACACACUCCGAAGUCCGCCUCUGGCCACGCCCGUUUCGGCGCACAGAGAGAGCAAGUCCGGAGCAGAUCGAAGAGGCCGUGCAGAAAGUUUUAAAGCUCGUUGGACAGGCAGAAGAACUCAGCUGGCACAAGCUUCGCGCUUUACUUGCUGACAGGGGAUUCUUCUCGACAAGGCGGCAACAAGAAGAAACAGGCGGUUCGCUUGAGACCGCUACAGACUUGAACCCGCCGGAAAAUAACUUUCUCAAACUGUGCGGACUUGCCGACGCACUUCCAUCGUAUGAAAGCACGGACUGCGUGUACCUCAAGAAUUUUGCUUUAGCUUCCAUGCAGCAUGCACUUCGGCAGCAGGUGUUUGUUGUACUUUCUUGA